AUGAUCUCAACCAAGCGUUCUUCUACUCCUUUCGCCGCCGCGCCGGAGUUGAGAAUCGACUUCGGAUCCUCCUAUAUUCCUAAGCGAAACUCCUUUGGACCUCUAGGAGAAGACGCUCACUUCAUCUCUCACUCCAGGAACAUCUUCGGAGUCGCAGACGGCGUCGGCGCUUGGGCGGAGGAAGGCAUCGACGCUGGAGAGUACUCCAGAGCGUUAAUGGCGAACUGCGCUGCCGUCGCGGCAGAGGAGACAGAUCCGAGGCGGAUUCUGACGGAAGGCUACUUGAAGACGAAGUACAUAAUCGGAUCCUCCACGGCCUGCGUAAUCGCUCUCAGGAACAAUACGCUACACGCGGCGAACAUCGGCGACAGCGGAUUCAUGAUCUUCAGAGAGAAGAAGCUCGUUUUCGUAUCGGCGACGCAACAGCAUCGAUUCAACUGUCCGUAUCAAUUAACCGGCGGAUUUUCUCUCAGCCUGCCGGUACAGCCUUGGGAGUGUAGAGUGGAGGUUUAUGCCGGAGAUAUCAUCGUCGCUGGUACGGACGGGCUAUUGGACAACGUUUUCGCUUGCGAGAUCGAGAAGAUUCUGAAGGAGGAGGAACGAGUUGACUCGGGGAAAUUGGCGUGGCGAUUGGCCGAGUUGGCGUUGAGCAACUCGCUCGACAAACGUCGAACGACGCCGUUUUCAGUUGGUGCUAGAGAGGCCGGGUUUUUGUGUGACGGAGGGAAGAUUGAUGAUAUUACGGUGAUCGUGGGAGAAGUUCAAGAAAAGGCAAAAUAUUCGUGA